AAUCGAUCUUCCAUCCACGACGAGUACCAUCAUCUGAUGCGAUCAAGCUUAAAGCAUCGGACCCUUGCCGGCGACGCCAGGGACCCAAAGAUUCAGCUUCUCGUGUUGAUGCCUAGCAAAUAAGCGCUGGACCUGGAGGUAUGCUAAUCGUUUUGGGCAUCCAGGCUCAAGAAUUGGAAAGUUUAUCGUCAUCUGUUCCGCCGGCUAUCGCGUACAAUGUCUGAGUCGGCGGUAGCAGAAUCUGCGUAUUAUCAUACCCUGAACGCUCGUCCUUACCUUUACCCUGUCGACUCCCGAGACAAGAGGCUACAAAAGGUUGUGGCACGUCUGUUGGAGCUGCCGGCAGAGAUUCGUCGGAAGAUCUUCGAGGACGCAUUUAACGCCAAUCGUGUCGCCGUGACUGCUAAAUCCGGCUGUUACUGCUUCUCCGAUGCGACCGGCCCAUAUCAUGCAGAGCAUCAAUGGCUGGUAAGAGCCGACUUGCCAGAUCAGGUGCGGCAGGAAGCACAGCGUGUCUUUGUGGAGACUGCGAUGUGGGAAUUGCACUGUCAGCAAGCGUUCACUGCUUUUGUGAGCAGAAUGACUGCGCUGCACACUCUGAACAACGUCCGCCAUGUUCGAAUGAAUGUCUUUGAGAUCGAAUCGCAAUGGAAGCUGAACCUGGAAUAUUUCCCCAAAUUACUAACGGCAACCUUUUCUCCCUGGCAGAAGGGCUGGACAAUUGAUGUCCCCGAGCAAGCAGAUUCCGAACUACUGUCGGAUGUAAAUGUCAUGGACAGGGUAUGGCGUGUCCUUGAGUCCAAAGAGGGCUACGGGCCAGUCAGGGAUACUUUCAAGCAGCCACGGAGGUACAGAAUUCACUUUGUCUUUCCAAUUCGCUAUCUCUUACCUGGAAAGACGGGCUUUGGGUCGCCGCUGUGGCAGUUGAGUGUUUGGCGGGCCAAUUUAGAUACAGGAAUGAUCGAGCGAAAUUGGCGGGAGGUACAUCUGGUACAGGAAGCAACGUUGGACUGAGGGGAAAGUGCAAAUCCUGGGAAGGUACCACCAUCCUAGAAGAUCCUGCUUCUCCUUCACAACAAGUAUGUCUCGGAUAUCAGUGGUACGCAGUAGACGACAUUGCACUUCUCAGAAAGGAGGCUGCACCCCUCAUGCAAAGUAGAAGAUGGGCAAUUUGCUUGUGAAUUAACUUC